AUGAGUCGCGUAUUUGUCAAGCAGGCGCCCCGGCUCGUCCGCCAGCAUCUGCCACUUGUCCAGACGCUUAGCGCUUCCGCGGUUGUGGAUGCGCUGGAAGAUGCCGCGAAUUUGCGCCACCGCGACUCCUACGUGGAGGAAUUCAUCCUCCGCUGCGAGUCUCGUGCGCUGGCUCUGCUCCCCGAUUUGAGGUUAAGCGGCAUAGUACGGUCUCUUUUCGCGUUAAAGCGGGCUAAUGUGCGGUCUGGUACGUUUGCUGACGAGGUGGCGAGAUUCCUACUAGAGGAAUGCGCCACGGGGAAGUUGUACGACGGAUUCCUCGACUGCUGUACUGCCAACGACUUGCUGCUGCUAUACAAGGCAUUCGCAGUUGUUGGAUACUUCAACGUCCGGCUCUACACUCUCUGCAUGGGUCUGCUUGCGACUCAGACACCGCAUAUGAUCCCCGCCGACUGCUGCGUUUUCUUCCAGUCACAUGUGAAGUACGUAGAAGCGCUGAAAUCAGGCGGCUUUCACAAUUCGGACCAUGCGAACACUCCGGAAAUGAUCUUGUGCCCAUCACUUGCCACGGAGAUCACGCUGCGCUUCCUGCAGCAGGAUGACGCGACACCAGAGGACCUCACCGUCUUUGCCGAGUGGCUCGUGCGUAUGGGGGACUACUACGGCAUUAGUGACGAGUUAUCUGGCCGUGUGGCUGCGCUGCAUCGGGCAUUAUCGCCAAAAGCUGUCAUGUUCAGCGUAGAUCACAUCCACAGGCUCGUUCAAAGCACUUGCAAAAUCAAGGCCCACAUGGAACCGCUGCACCUGCCAUCGUCGUUGCUUUUCAUCCAAAGCCUUUUGCACGAAGCGGAGAGGCGCAGCGACAUUCACACGUACGAGAACGCUUUAGCCACGUUGCACGCAGUGGAAGACAUGGCGACGUUGCCCUUCGAACUCGUAAGCGGGCUCCUGUAUACCGUGGUCAACAACGUUGGCCCUGGCGAUGCUGAGCGCGUGCGAGGUAUCCUCCGAAAGCGGAUACAAGGUUCAGGCACUGACGAGGUGGAGUUUCGCAGCGUGCCAAUGGAAUAUAAAAUUGACACGUGCCCCCCCGCGGUGGUCGCAGUAAAGGUGUGUGAACCUGUUUGUGGCAUUAAGAUUCUGCAGCUACGGGAAAUGCUGGAGCGUCUAGACAUAAGCCACCGUAUCUCCGCAACGUAA